AUGGGUAACCUACAAUCAAGCCCGACAAAGGAAGAGACACGCCGUGCCAAUCGACUUUCCAAGCCGUUGACCAAGAAGUUGUCUCCGUUGAGCUCGCCUCAAGUACGUCGUUCAGAGACGGACGGUCCAGAAUUGAGUUCCGGAUUGAUCGGGUGGCAGAACCCAUGGGUAGGAUCUAAUAUUUCAACGGACGUCAGGAAUUCUCAUACAAAGCCGACGGAGAUCCCUCCGACCUUGUUCGAGACUGAUGCAGAUUCAUCGGGUGAGAAAGAGGAGAUUGAAUCCCCAGCUCAAUCGCCAGUGGUCGAGGAUCCGGAACCACUCUCACCACUUUCACCACUCUCUCGCACUGUCCCUACCAGCCGUUCUGUCCGAAGAGCUUCCUAUCAGCCCGGAACUUAUGGCGGUUCCUCGCAGCUACCGUUCGUGCCGGAACGACCUAGGCGCGCCAACUCCAUCCAGACCACCAUCACCAGACAUAGCAGCGUGAUCUAUGAGAAUACAUACGAAGACGCGACAUCUUCCAACACGCACUUCUUGGUUGGCAACCAGCGCUUCUCUUUGACUCGCCGGCGUUCUCUUCUCACUCGACCUGGUGUUGCUACAAGACGAACAACCAGUGCAGUCCGGCGUGUACCAUCUCCAAUUGGCGAACCAACAGACCCGCUCGACGAUCCAAACGACUCCAAAGUUUUACAAUGGCCAUUGCCGCCUCGUCAGAGACCAGCACUUACCGUAGCGUCCUCGGUACAGCCCACCAGUCCUCCAGACAGUCGGUACACACAAUUGGGAGCACUAAAGCUGGGAUCUUUGCGGGUUGUGAACGGCUCUGCUUCCCCGUGCCCGAGUGAACGCAUCCCUCUAAGUCAAUCCGGUCUGGGCUUGGACAAUGUCGACACUAUGGGCCGGUCUACCCUUGAAAUUCCCGCGGUACCCGACUUGAAGAAAUGGGACGAUGUCCCGGGCAGCCCAUUCUCAUUUGAGAAAUCCCCCAUCACAGCUCCCCCGCCGUCCAAAACAAUCUUCCCAGGUGAAUCAGAAGAUGAGGGAAUCGCCAUGUCCGAUGACGGCACCAGCCAGCCAGACAAGGCCGCUGUAGACAACGGUCUAGAUCGAAGUACCGCUCCUUCAAUCAACAAGUCCGACAGUGGCUACAGCUCUGCAGCUUCCGUUAGCUCCUACCACCACAGCCGCCCGCGCCAAUCCUUCGACUCGCAGACGUCCGGUUCCUGCACUGCAGAUGGCCACGCCAAGACCGCCUGGGUCACAAGUGACAAGUCCCGCAGCCAUCACCGCAAUGAGGAAAUCCAGCGCCACUUCAGCCUGCAUGAAGCACAGUCCAAGGCGGGGAACUACUCGCGGCUACAUCCAAAGUUCGACCGCUGGUAUGACUCGAUCGGCCCAGCCACCGAACCACCCCUUGCUGCCCUGCGAUCUCGCCGAUCAACUCUGUGUGCUCCCCGAUACACCGAAUAUCCGGUGCAAAAGAUCGAGCUCGAUUCCGCGGCCAAAUCGGCUGCAGUGGCUGUUCACAAAGAGCAGGUUUACUCUCGGGGACCAUUAUAUGCGGACCGCUUCUCGACCAGCGCACUCGAGAUCUCGCACAGCUUGGGCUCGUCCACCUCGCUGGGGACUGACACACCGCCGAGUUACCAGCAGCCCGGUAGCCCACAGGUCCGGGCCAUGAUGCAUCGGUCCGCCUCGGAGCGGUACCUCGAUGCGAAAUCGAAACCCGACAUGCUGGCGCAUAGCUCACGAUCCCGAAGUCGCCCUGGCAGCCGGGUAUGGUCCCAGAAGCCCGGUAUUGAACUGCCCCCUCUCCCCACGAUCCACGGAGAAGAAUCGGGCAUCGAUGUUUCUGCCUCUGAGGCUGUCCGUGGUCGGCCUCGAAGCCGGAGCCAGGACUACCGCCGUCGCAAAUUGACCAAGGCGCGUCAAGUGGAGAUACACAUGUGA